CUUUCACUUCCGCUAACCCCUCUCUCAGAGGGAGGUUUAGAGCUUAUUGGUUCGGUGUCUUACUUCAACUGCUGCCGUUGCCGCUGUCGCCUCCACCUCCGUCACCAUGAUUCAGUUUUUGCUAGGAUUUACUCUUGGCAAUGUGGUCGGGAUGUAUCUGGCGCAGAACUAUGAUAUUCCGAAUUUGGCCAAAAAGCUUGAAGAGAUUAAAAAAGAUUUAGAUGCCAAGAAGAAACCACCUAGCUCUUAAUGCCAACAUGUAGUAAUGUCGUCUGGAUGCUUUCCUAUUCGGCACUCCUAUGCUCUCCUCCAGGACUGGAUGACUUUCUUCCAAAUGAGAUACACUGAGAUGCCUUUGAGCUAAAACACACCCAUAACACCAAAAGUACCCUUUAUUACUUCUCCUGGACUCUUCUGAUCACUAUACCUGCGUGGGAGAUUCUGAUACUUGCAUCAUGGUGCUUGACUAGGAAAUGCUAGUUUUAAUUAGUGGUCUCCCUUGUUACCUUUAAAUUGUGAAUUUUUAGUAAUUUUUUAAGUUGCUUUUUAUAUAUGGCUGAACAGAUGGCAGUAAUACUAAUUCUUUGUCUACCACACUUGGAUGCUUUAUAAGCAUUUAGUGUUAAAUUAUAUUGUUCCAAAUCAAUUAAAACUAUUAUAGAGCAACUAA